UUCAUCAUCAUCAUCAUCAUCAUCUUCAUUAGAGAAACUCAAAAGAAUGAAAAAGAAAAAGCGAACACACUUCACAGUGUACUGGCAUGACAUAGUGAGCGGCCCCAACCCAUCCGGUGCCAUGGUGGCUCAAGCUCCAUCCACCAACACCUCCACCACCUCCUUCGGCCUCGUUCGCAUCAUUGACAACCCUCUCACCAAAGGCCCAACCAUGUCCUCCGACCUCCUCGGCCAUGCUCAGGGCCUCUACGCUUUCACUUCUUUGGAGUCUGUUGGCCUUUUCAUGGCCAUGAACUUUGUCUUCACUUCCGGCAAGUAUAAUGGUAGCACUGUCACCAUUCUUGGCCGGGAUGAGAUCUUCACUGACGUCCGAGAGUUGCCGGUCAUCGGCGGCAGUGUUCUUUUCCGGUGGGCUCAGGGGUAUGCUCAGGCCAGGACUAGCGUAGUCAAUAUGACUACUCAUGAUGCUGUUGUUAAGUAUGAUGUGCAUGUAAUGCAUUACUAAUUAAUUACUUCAUCUUUAUCAAUUUCUUUUUUAUUUAUAGGCAUAUAUAUUUCUCUGCUAGAAUCUCAAACCAAAUCCUUAUUAUGCUAAUUAAAACUUUAUU